AGGAAUUCCUUUUUUUGCUCGUCUCUAUUGGGCGUUUAUUAUUCUCUUCAUUGGGCGUCUUCAUAUUUACUCGGUCCUGCUCGAGGGAGGAGGGGUUUGCGCAUAAACAUCACACAGUUAUUGACUUUCUCAAUCCACACACACGAUGGCUGGUGACAGGAAAACGGGUUUGUUUUUCACCAUAAUCAGAUAAUGUCGCCGAUUUCGAGGCAUUAAAGACCAGGAUAUUAUAACCGAUGAGUUUGCAGCUGACACUCAAAGCACACUUCCACGCACUGUAUUUUGGAAUCACGCAGUGGAACUUGGAAAGGCAUCAAAUUCAAAGAUGAAUAAAUUGGAUGCUUUGGAGGACCUUCUACCGGGGUUUCAGCGCUUCCUAACCGACCUGACCACGAUCAGGUUAACCAGUGACCUGGAAGCUCAGGUCAAUCAGUACAACCAGAGCAUACAGGAUUAUAUUGAGCAACAUUGUACCAUACCCUCAUCGCCCCCUCCUGAACCACCCACAGCGGCAACAAAUGGGAUAAAAAAGGAGAGCGGUGAUGAUUUCAUCGCUAAGCAGAGAGAGUUGGCGAGAUCAGCACACACCACCAGUGCAGUAAGCAAGGAUGACAGCUACUACAAUGUUAGAGUUGGACAACAAACUACAGAAACAGACAACAGUGCAUCGCAAGGCUUAAGACAAUGGUGGUCAAGGAGUUUCCGUGUUGAACGAACAACUUUUAAGAUCGACAACUUCUAUGAGCCGCCAACAAAGUUACAGACACCGCCUGUGCCUACCACCAAACGCCCGCCAAUCAGAGUCAUAGAUGAUAUGGAGGCGUACGAAGAUCCGGAUGAUUUCGUACCAGAAAAACCUGUAAAAGCGCCAGUCAAGAAGUAUGGUGUGAAGUCAUCGACCAUGCCACACCUAUCCAUGCCAGCCAGUAGCGAGCCAGAAGCAACGGACAGUGGGGGGACGUUUAUCUCCUUCAAUUCUAGCUCGUCGUCUCAGCCGCAAGAAGAACUGUCCGAUUAUGAAAUGAUGCCCGAUCAUAUGAAUUUCCGAGAUGAAGAAGACAGUUGGGGAUCCACUGAUUACGAAGAUUACGAUGAAGAUGAAAUCCAGAGGAAUCAAACAGUAGAUGUUGAUGCCAACGCCAACGCCAAAAAGAAGAAGGACAAGUUUGACAUAUUUAAGCAGCAAUAUGAAAAGGACCCCAAAGUGGACCAUCUCGGAAUAUUGUACAGUCAAGGGAAAGGGAAAACCAUCUCCAAGAAAUCCUUCGGGCAGUGGGACAAACGGUACUGUCUCGCUAAGGACAUGCAUCUGUUAGGCUACAAGAAUUACGACUCCAAGAAACAUGCUCUGGACAUGGUUCUGUUCGGAUUUGACGUGUCGUUCGUCGGACAGGAAGGGAAGAGGAAGAAUGUGUUCAGUCUCAACCAUCCCAACCGAGGGACGGAGCUGUUCAGUGCCGAAUCCAAGGAGGAUGCCGAUAAAUGGAUCGAGGUUUUGAAGAACUAUGCUACCAUGGGGAACGAGCUUGUCCCAUCGACGGGGUACGUAGAGAAAAGCGAAACGUCGACACGCACCACCAGCGAAGAUCUCACAGCCAAAGUUGUUGGAACGGUUGCAAAUUUCUUCAAGAGAGAGAAAAAGGGCAAAGAUAUGUCUCCACAGCUCAGCAUUGAUGACAAAGGCUACCUAUCAGGUUACAUCAAUGUGAUGGGAGCAAAAUACGGCGAGUCAAAAUGGCGGAAGAAGUUCAUCACAAUCGAGAAAGGUUAUCUGACGUGCUACACGGAGGACGGAGACGUCUCGCAGUUUAAGUUUCCGCUGGAGGGACGAGAGAUGAUGCUGGCUGGACAGAAGGAGGCAAAGAGAAAAGGAUCCAUGAAAAUCAUGAAAGACGGCGAGGUUCUCAUUUAUAUUGAGGCCUUGAAUCCUCUAGACAUGGGCCACCUUCUUAAGAAGUUCAUGGAGGAGAUGACCCAGGGCCAGCGGAAGGAAUCCACCGCACAGCGAGGGAUGGUCUCGGACAUCUUGAAGGCCUUUGAGAAACAGGGAGGCGAAGGCGCAGCAGACCAGCCAGUAGUGGAUGAGUUCUACGACGAUGUACAACUUUCUCCCGAACCUGCGUCACCAAAAACAGAAUCCAGUUCCAUAUAUCAAAACUUCAAAAUUCGGCCAAAACACAAGGAAGAUAUCCCGAAGGAAGAUAUUUACGACUAUGCCGAAUAUCAAAACUGCGUACCAGUAGAGGAACACUUACAAGUUCCGACCGGGAAAAAAGUUUCAGCACCAUCAAUUUAUCAAAACUUCAAAGUUGCUGUCCAACAAGCUGGCAAAAAGAAAAUGCCCUCCUCCCCGAAGCUGACCAAGAAGGACAGCGAAGAGGCUGAGAGUAAGAAAGACAAGAAGGCGAAGAAGAAAGACAAGGGCAAGAAGGAUAAGAAGAGCAAAGAGAAGGAAGAGGAGAUUGCGAAGGAAGAGGCUAAAGAAGAAGAGGAGGAAGUGGCCAGGGUUGAGGCUGCUAAGAAGAUUGUGAAGAGACAAUCGGUCAUCAACAAGUUUGAGAAAUCUGACAAGAAACACCUCUUGGAUGUGGACCGCCUGGAAAUAGAGCGGAAAGAAGUGGAGGGCAAGAAACGAGAAGUGACCAAGAGGAAGAUCGAUCUGAGAUCUCAAAAGAUGGAAUCAACGGAUCCCAAGCAGAAGGAGUUAAUCGAGGGAGAGCUGAAGAAAGCUCAACAGUCUUGGAGUGAGUGCAGCAACCGUCUCGCUUUCAUCAACAUGGAGAUUGAACGAUUCACUAAAGGAGGCGAAGCUAACAUGAGGAUUGAAGAGAAACAGCAAUUCCGCAUGUCAAUGGUACGGGAACUGUCGUUUAAGGAGCCCGCGUUUAACAGACGAAGCAGAGAUCGUCUGUCCCUCUGCGCGAUGAAAAGCUGGAGUUUAGAUACUGCCUCAGCAGAGAUGGCCAAAAAUGGGAUAUCGGAAUCGGCAAAGAAAGAUUCGGCAACGAUCUCCCCUGGCAUGGAGGUUAUGUCAAAGUCGGCUGGUAAUGUGCAAAAUAAACUCAAGAUGUUCCAGCAGAUGAACAGUAAAUAGAGGUCAUCGUGUCCACGCCUUUGCAAAGUAGUAAGGUGAUAUUUUUGUAUAAAGGCCGGUUGAUAGUCGGUCUUGGGACGGUCGUGUGAUGGAAAUCUUGACGCGCGAUCCUAAAAAACACUGUUUAUAGUCAUCGCUGAGGCCUAAAAACUGUAUCUUUUUUUUUUUAUCGCGCGUCAAUAAUUUCCAUCGCGCGACCAACUAUAACUCUGUCUUAAAGCUUCCAUACAACGCCAUAUCCAAAAGUAAAUGCUUGUUUUGUAUGAGUUUUUUUUUUUUAUUCGGUUCGGCCAGA